AUGAAGUCAGGAGAAACAAACACACCAACACUGAGCACGAUCACCUACCCACACCAGAACACCAUGCUAGAGAACGGGAAACCCGAACAGAGCAAGCAAGACACAAGCAAACGACAAACACAAACACACAACACAUGUCACCCUCACGAUGAAUACCACCACACACACAGAACAAACAACAAAACCCAUCCCAUACAUAGAUCACCAGCGGAACAAGACCUGAAAGGGGAGAACCUUGGUUGA